AAGUUAUUUGUUUGGGAAGUAAUGACAGAAGCAUGGCUCUUCAGAUAACCAAACCAAUAAUUACAAGAGGUUGUCACAAUGUUUCAUCGCAGAGCUACUCUAUUUUGAGAAAGGACUCUUUAGAGGAGAACAAUGUCACCAAUUGUUAUCAAUUCUGUUUCCUCAACCAAUCAGGAUCAACUGUAAAGGCUCUACUCAUGAGGGGGGGAGAGUGUAUUUGUUCUGUCGAGAAUCUGUGUACGUCAUUUAAUACUGCAAAACGCUGUACUGAGAGUUGUCCUGGAAACUCAAACCAAAACUGCGGUGGUUAUGGAAGUCACACUUUUGCAGUGUAUGAAAUAGAGAAUAUCAACAGCAAUGACCAAAAUGAAGGUUGUGGGUUUGUCAAUUUUCAGCUACAUGAAACAGAACAGAGGUUGAGCUAUGGAGAUUGCAACAAGAAUAAAAUGGCAUACUGCACAAUGCUGUUUAACGUGGAUGGAACAGUGAUUAAGACAAAACACUUGACGUGGGAUGAACAUAACAACAACUGCUCAGGACAUUUGGCUUUUAUUGGGGACACCAAAACUGUAAAAUGGAAGUUAGACAAUGCAAUACAGUCAGGUUUUACAUUUUGGGUGGGACAUCGUAUUUGGAAUUAUGUCCCUAUUGAAUUCGAUGAAGCAGAUUCUUCUAAUAACCAUGAUGACACAGAAAGUGAAAUUUUCAUAAAUGAGAUAAACGAAUCUUCUGGUGAUACUGCAGAUUCUUCUAAUGACCAUGAUGGCACAAAGAGAGUAGUUCUCAGAGAUGAGAUAAACAAAUCUGAUGAUGGUGAGUUACGAACUAUUGUUUUACAAUAGAAUUCUGCAUACUUUCGAUAUUUCAUUUGCACAUAUUACAAUUUAGAGUUUUCCAAA